AUGAAACUGGAGAUCCUGCUGGCCUUUGGUUUUUCCCUCUUUGUGGACAGCAAGCCUUUGUCCAACAUAGGUGGGAGGAAAUUUAACAAGCUGCUACUAAUAUCUUUUGACGGUUUCAGAUGGAACUACGAUCAAGAUGUUGAUACACCAAAUCUGGACAAGCUGGUACAAGAGGGUGUGAAGGCAAAAUAUAUCACGCCACCAAUGAUCACUAUGACAUCUCCAUCUCAUUUUACUACUAUUACUGGAAGGUGGAUAGAGGAUCAUGGCGUAGUCCAUAACAUGAUGUUCAAUUCCACAACUCUAUUGAAAUUAUCUCAUAAAGCAACAUUGAAACGAUCCGAGUGGUGGGAUAAUGGAGCUUUGCCCUUAUGGAUAACAGCUCAGAAUCAGGGCCUAAAGACUGCCUCUUAUUUCUAUCCUGGUGGCGGAGUGAGUUACGCAGGGCAGUCUGUGAACCGAUCCCUGGUAGAGACAUUUGGUCACGCUGACGAUAACGAAACAGAAUGGCGUGAGAAAAUUGAUACUGUUAUGGGAUGGUACACCAAAGACGACUUUGACUUUGUCACUCUUUACUAUGGGGAACCAGACAACGUGGGCCACCGUGUAGGACCAGAGACCCCUCAGAGAAAGAAGAUUAUUGAGCAGAUUGACCGCACCAUAGGGUACCUCACAGAGUCUAUACAAAAAAACAAUUUAACUGACCACCUUAACGUCAUCAUCACCUCAGAUCAUGGCAUGACCACCAUUAAGAAGAGUCCUGAGGUUGAGGAAAUCAAACUCUCCAAUUACAUAAAUUUUAAGAAUUUGAGCCACUUUGAACUACUGGACUAUGGGGGAUUUGGGAUGUUAAGGCCCAGAAAAGGUAAAGAGCAGGAGGUUUUUGAUGCUCUUAAGCAUGCUCAUCCAAACUUAACUGUCUACAAGAAAGAAGAUAUUCCUGAACACUUUCACAUCGCAAAGAACAGUAGAAUCCAAGAUCUUGUUCUUAUUGGAGACCUAGGUUUCAAUUUGAACUCGAGGUACAUCUUCUAUGUUAACAAAGGAGACCAUAGCUUCAGUAACCAGGAAAUGGACAUGAAAGUUAUAUUUAGAGCAUUUGGACCAGACUUCAAGAAAAACGUCUUAGCUGAGCCAUUUGACAGUGUCAGCAUCUACCCACUAAUGUGCAAGUUGUUGGGUGUAAAACCAGCCCCAAACAAUGGCAGCCUCAGCGACACUGAAGUCAUGCUGGUCAACGACAUUGGUGCUGGCGGAAAUGCUGGAAGAAUGCAGAUGUCCAUCAGUCUCUUCGCCACCACAAUACUCAUCUUAGCAGUCAUUUGACUCGCAUAGCCAAGGAGUGCAUCAGAUUCAUCAUACCAGUGUUUGUGGCAGUUAAAACACAACAGUAAAUAUUCAUCAAGUAAAAAGAAUACUGUUAAAUGUACAGUUAAUACAUUUUUGUUUCUCACAAAUCCAUUUUAAGUAAAUUCUGUUAAUCUAAUGCAAAUGCUACUAAAACAACACUUUUGUAAGCCAAUAAAAUGGUACACAUGCAAAGUAACAAUUCUAACAACCAGUUGUCCUUAUAUGCAAGUUAUUUUUAUAUCGAUUGCUGUUUUUAAUGUCAGCUAAAAGGAAUUAAAAUCUGGUGUUUAAAUUCUGGUUCCUAUUUAAUCAAACCUGAAGCAUGUUUCAAGCUUACACUUGUAAGCAAUUUUAUUAUUAUCCUGCAGCUGUAGUUUCUCUCAUAAGUGUAUAAAAACAGAACACGAAGACAUGUUGGCUAUACGAGAAAGACACAAAUGCUCCAGCUGGUUGUCAAAGUUAUGAAUGCAUAAAUCAUUCAGCAAAUUUGGUUACAGAAAUGUUUGAUCUUGCCCCCUCAGCCCACUUUUGCAAAAAAAAGUAUUUUAGCUAUUAAAAACUCUGUAUUAAAAAAAAAGUAACAACCACACUGAGAAGUCAUCAUACUUUUACACCAUUUUUACAUUCCGUACACAAAAUAUAUCCAUCUUGAAUUUACCCAUAGGCAUGUGGAAUAAAGGUUAAAAUAGUGUAUCCUUGAAGUGAUAAUAUAAAUGUAAAAAAUACAAUUACUAUGUCCAUAAUUUCUUACUUUUCUUUAAGCUUUAGCAGUCCUUCCACAUUCGGAUCAUUGCAAAACAUUCGCAUUAA